GACAGUGUCCGCACAUGGAAAGGCGAACCAUUUUGGCUGAGAGCAAGAGACAGCUUUUCUAGUCACAGCUCCAAGUCACGGUCUGCGAGGACUGUGCCGGUUUGGUUUUCUAUACGGAUAUUUCUUUCAGUGGCUUCACCCGGGUCGCUCUACGUUGAGCAUUUGUUCGAUUGCGGAUAAAUACCUAUAUAUUUUAUUUUGUCACUGUCUUGGAGAAAUUGUUUCGUCUCCUUUCGUCCAGGGCUAUGGAAAAAAUGUCAAGACCUAUUUCUGUAAACUCAACUUUCCUACCACCGACCCAUGGUGUAUUGAAAUCCCUGUUGGAAAAUCCUCUGAAACUGCCGUUCCAUCACGAUGAAGGCUUUGGGAAGGAGAAAGAGAAAGAGAAGAAGCUAGAGGAGGACAGCAGCGGGGUCAAUCCCCCACAGUCAGCCUUCCUGGGGCCCACCCUGUGGGACAAGACCCUGCCCUACGAUGGGGAUAAUUUCCAGCUGGAGUAUAUGGACCUGGAAGAGUUUCUCUCAGAGAAUGGCAUCCCAGGCAAUGCCCAGAGGGACCAAAGCCAGCAGCAGCAGCAGCAGCAACAGCAGACCCUGUCCCAGCAGACAGCCCCUUCUACCCCUUCCAGCCCCAGUGUGGUAGAUCUCAGCAACCGGGCCGCCCCCUCAGGCCACACGGGCAUGGUGCCCCAGAACUGCCUGCAGAGCCCGCCAAGAUCAGCUCUGCCAUCGGCCCGCAACACACCAAGUCCAAUUGACCCAGAGUCCAUCCAGGUUGCUGUGGGCUACGAGCCCGACCCGGCAGACUUGGCUCUGUCCAGCGUACCGGGCCAGGAGAUGUUUGACCCACGCAAGCGCAAGUUCUCCGCCGAGGAGCUCAAACCCCAGCCCAUGAUCAAGAAGGCGCGAAAGGUCUUCAUUCCCGACGGCAUGAAGGAUGACAGGUACUGGGCGCGGCGCAGGAAGAACAACGUGGCGGCAAAGCGCUCCCGUGAUGCCCGGCGGCUGAAGGAGAACCAGAUCGCCAUCCGGGCGGGCUUCCUGGAGAAAGAGAACAACGCGCUGCGCGUGGAGGUGGCCGACCUGCGGAAAGAGCUGGGCCGCUGCAAGAACUGUCUGGCCAAAUACGAGACCCGCCACGGCCCCCUGUGAGCACGUCUCCCACCCCACCCUCUCUAUCGCCCGCCCGCCCGCCCGCCGCCCGCCGCCACCCUCUGCCCGCCUGGCCCUCCACCACGCCCUCCACCACGCCUGCCUGGACUACGCCUGCCCUAUGUGGAGAAGGGGAGAGGGGCGCCCACUCAUGUGUAGACCCUACCCUCAGUCCAAUGGAUGCUUCAUUAGAAGAUGAUGUACUCUUUAUGUUUUAAAGAUUAUUUUCUUUUGUUUUUUUCUCCUCCUCCUCAGUCACUGCCCUUCCCAGAUUCCCUCUUUAUCUCUCCCUACACAUGUACAUAGAUAUAUUACUUGCAAAGAGGAUGUAUUGUUUUCUUUUUUUUUUCUUUCGUUUUUUUUUUGUUGUUAGUCCUUUUCUGUAGCGACCUGUUGGUUGUUGAUCUGAACCUCUGUGUGGGUUUUUGCUGUCGUCCCCUUGAAUCUUGUCUCACGGAUGUUCAGGACUGAACGCUGUCGUUCCCUUCAGUCUCAUUCUUUUUAUUUCCACAGUCUACAAGAGCAGCUUCUGGAGUGAUUUAUUCUCUCCUCCUCCUCCUCCUCCUCCUCCUCCUUCUUCUCCUCCUGUCAACUCUCUUCGUCCUUCCACUCAGGUCUUGUCUUUUCGUUCAUUGUCCUGAGGAUUUGUUCCUGUAAGGAGAUGUGCAGAGUUUCAGCCAUGCCUGCUGCAGCUGAGCAAGGUUUAUGUGUUGUACCUUGUUUUAGAGAUGAAUGUUGUAUUGCGGUUUCUCCAGAGCCUCUCAGCCGUCUCUCCAUAAUGCUGAGAACUUUGGUAGGAGACCCAUAGCCCCAUAGCCCCUCAGUCCCACACCCCGCCCCCCCUACAGCCUUGUCCCCCCACCUCUCCAGCUCACCUGUGCACUGAUGCGUGUCUCACAAUCUGAUCUGGUGCCACCUUUAUACUCCCUUAGUCUUGUCCUCUGCCUGGUAUUUCUUCUGGAUCUGCUUUCCCCUUAUCUCUACCCUACAGACGAACUUUUGAGAAAAAAAAUGUAACUGUUAAUUAAUAUUCAUUACUAUUGUUGUUGUUAUUAUUGUAAUUAUGAUUAUUAUUACUAUUAUCAUUAUUGGUUUAAUGAAUAACUCUGCAUGAUUUUUCAGAGCUCCUACCGGAAGCAAAUUGUGAAAUCAGUUUCUGUCCCCCUUUUUUUUUUGACUGUUACGUUUUGUUUUGUUCUUUUUUUUCUUUCUCAGAGCAUGAUAAGGAGAGCUGUUCUGUCAAUCAGUACACAGAUAAACAUAGUCCUCUUUAUUUUUUUUCUUUAUUUUGUGUAGCUAUAUGUUUGCCUUCUUUGAAGAUGGCUGUAUGAAUGUAUUGAAUGUAAAAUGUAAAAGAUGUUUUUAAAAGAGUUAGUUGGAUGGUGUUGUCUAAUACUGUGGUUAACCCAAUUAAUUUGUUUACUACAGACCAAAACGUACAGCACAGAUAAAAGUAUAUUGGUUAUCAGAGAUUUAAUGUUUAUAUAAAACUAUUCUAUAAGUUGUUCUUUUUGUACAGUAUUUUUCCUAUACAAUACUGGCUACAUAUUUGAAAGUCACAACAAAUCCAGAAUAUUAUGAAAAAAUAAAAAGUAUAUAUAAAUAUAUAUAUAUAUAUAUAUAAAUGACCUAUAUAUAUAUAUAUAUAUAAUUCAAAUGAUGUGAUUCAGUGUUUUGAUAUAUUAUAUUUUGCCAUGGUAGAUCAAGGAGGAUCAAGGCACUCCAGCACCUAUUCAUAUGGGCAUUAUUGUUGACACUCCUGUACCCUUGGUUGUAUGGAUGUAGCCUUUAGCUCCUCCUGCAGUCUCUGGAACUGUAAUCCAUAGAGCUCAAGUUUCGCCACUGGCACGGAAUAAAAAACGUGUAUAAAGCCACAAGGAUGAUCAUUCUUUGCAUCCUCUCCCAGAAAUCCACCUGUCAAAAAGUGAAGCAUGUUUCCACGAGUCAGGUACAACACUGCCACCAGAUGUCACUCAUAUACCAUAUUCGAGCUUCAUAUUCCUAUUGUCCUCACUCUUGAGAAUGAGAUAGGUCUUUCGCACAGGUAUGUUAAGGAUAUAUUUAGCUUUAUGUAUAGAUUCCCCAAAGGUGAAGGGUUGGAAUGCUAGAAAGGAAACAUGUUUAACAUCUUUGUAUAUUUCCUCAUUGGAAAAAAAGAAAAAAAAGAAUGUUCAGCAGUUGUAUACAGUGAAAUGAUCAGUGACGUGUGUGGCUGCUAUCUGUGAAUGAAAUGGGUUAGUAUAGCUUUAGUUCUGUGUGCUGGCCAGAAGUCACGGUAAUGCAAAAAAAGGUUUUGCUCCUUUGCCACAAACGCAAGUCAUUGGGUGGUAUCCCAUAUGCACACUCUAGGCUAUGUGGAGAGGAUGAAGCCAAUAUGAUUUCUCACUGCCCCCCCCCCCCCCCCUUGACCUCCUUAUGGAUUAAGUCCACUACCUCACCCUUAAUAAAGAGAUCAAAUGAAACAUUGCGAAUCUAAAUCUAUUCCAGUGCCUUGAACUCAAGCCGUUCCUCAGUCAGUCUGCAUUGUUCAGAUCCAACCUACCACCACCAGGAUAGAUUCAGAACAAGGGCUCCCAUACAUCAAUUUUUUAACAAUUAAACACACAGGCAUGGGUAGAUGACCAUUGUAUUAAUGGCAACACCAAGACUGUUUAUACAGAGGGUCAAAUAUGAACUAGAGGUGUAUUCUAUCUUUUUGGUGACAUGGAAAGGAGGCAUAAGCAUAUGUAUGCAGUUUCAGCCCUCAGCCUCUCCCACUCUCUCUGUAAUAUAUAGUGUUGAAUAAACUAUUUCCAGUUUCUUCA